AUGGAUGCUCUCAGUAUUUCCAAUGGCAACAAUACCUUGGGAGGCGAGACAAAUGAGUCAAUUUACAGAACGUACGCCGAGCGUCAGAUCAACUCGGCGGCAACUUUCGUUGCUUCAUUUGUUGGUUUCUUUGGAAACCUAACAGUCAUUUGUGCCAUUCUUGCAGUCAAGAAACUGCAGACUACAACCAACGUGUUUGUUCUGAACCUGGCAGUGGCCGAUGUCUUGACGUGUACCGUGUCUCCCUUGCAAGCCCUGACCGUCUUGCACGACGAGCUCCUCAUCCCGUCUUGGUUAUGCAAGCUGGUUGCGUUUUGCCUCAUCACCUGCAUUGGAUGCAGUAUCAACUGCCUGGCCUGUAUCGCAGUCAAUCGUCUUGUUGGCAUUACAACCAAAGCAGACAGCAUGUACCGUAGGCUCUACACUCCUGGUAAACUGACCAUAAUGGUUGCCUUGACAUGUCCGUACUUCCUCAUGCAAGGAUUACCCGCCGAAGUAACGAGAAGCGUCUUGACGUACACGUCCACGAUCCUCAUGAUCAACAGCUCCGUCAAUCCCAUCAUCUACGCGACACGACAUCCAGAUUUUCGUGCGGUGUUUGUGUCCAAAGUGCACUGUUGGAAGAACAGUAAGAGCCGAACCAAGAACACGGUACCAUCUUCAGGUCAGGGUCNUCUCCAGAGUCGAGACCACUCCUGA